AUGACAACUUGUAUCCGCCUCUACUCCAAAAGCGACUCGGAAGGCGAUUUCCAUUUGGACGCCAUUCAGAGACGACUCCAAGCCCAUUCACCCGACAUUCAGAUCAAAGAAGAGUCUUGUUUUUAUGUUGUCGUGGAAAACGUUCAUCUGGACGCGUUGAUUGAACGCUCAGAUGACCUGAAGAAGCUGUUGUCACACAAUGUCUUCCAUCAAGAUGUAAAACCGGAGAGCUCCUUCAAAGAGGGAGAGGGAGAAGUGGUUGAGGUUGGACCGAGGUGGGCAGCUUUUUAGUGCGCGGAAAUUUUCGGUUUUGUCGAAGAUACCAUUAUCUUUUUCCAGGCUCACCUUCACAACUCCAUUCUCAACAAAUGCGGUCUCAGCCCUUCAAGCCGCUGGAUUCAAAGGCAUCAUACGCCUUGAGAAAUCCCGACGAUACCAGCUAAUUGGAGCUUCAUCCGAAGCCCUCGAACAUGUCGAUUUUCUGCAAGAAUUUGGCGACAAAAUGACGGAACAGUUGUACUACACCACUCCAUCUUUCGUCAACGAGUCUCCACAACGUGAAGACUAUUUCUUCGUCGACGUUUUGGGGAAAGAUGGCGCCGAAAAUUUAGAGAAAGUAAAUCAAGAGUUGGGAUUGUCAUUGGAUGACUCGGACAAGGAAUAUUACUUGAAUAUGUAUCGAAAGUUGGGUCGAAAUCCCACUGACGUAGAGUUGUUCGAUCUGGCCCAAAGUAACAGCGAACACAGCCGACAUUGGUUCUUCAAAGGCAACCUGGUUGUCGACGGAGUUCAAAGAGAAAAUCAUCUGUUCAAGACGAUUCAAUCCACCCAAGAUCACAGCAAUCCCAACAAUGUCAUCGCUUUUUGUGAUAACAGCAGGUAAACUUGAGAUUUCAGAAGGUUCUCGAUCUCUUUCUUGCAGUAACAAAGUGUAAAUUUCAGCGCAAUCAAAGGAUUUGAAAGUCCCUCAAUCUUGCCCUCCAACACAACAGAAUCUAGCGCGUUGAAAGUCGAAAACAGAACAAAGCAUAUAAUUUACACCGCUGAAACGCACAACUUUCCAACCGGUAAGAUAUUAUACGCAUAUAACAACUAGUUUGUAAAUACGGUCUGGCUGAAAUGUGGCAAUUUGUGUACUAACUAUGUAUAUUCUAUUUCCAGGGGUCUGUCCAUUCCCCGGAGCCGCGACCGGAACCGGCGGUCGUCUUCGAGAUGUUCAAGCGACCGGACAAGGAGCUCACGAGGUCGCUGGAGUAGUUGGCUACUCCUUUGGCAAUCUCCAUCUCGAAGACUUUGAGCAGCCAUGGGAGGAGGACUACCACUCAUACCCUAUCAACCUUGCACAUCCUCAAAAAGUUUUGUUGGAUGCUUCGAAUGGCGCUUCUGAUUACGGUAACAAGUUUGGCGAGCCCGUUAUAGCCGGAUUCUCUCGAUCGUUCGGCCAACUCGUGGAAUUGGCGAAUGGAGAAAAGGAGAGGAUCGAAUACAUAAAACCGAUACUGUUUUCCGGAGGCAUUGGAUUAAUGGAUUCGGCGCAUUCGAAGAAAGCCGAAUGCGAGAAAGGCCAAUUGAUCGCUAAAAUCGGUGGACCAGUGUACAGAAUUGGUCUUGGUGGAGGGGCUGCAAGUUCAGUGAUGGUUCAAGGCGAUCGAACAGCUGAACUAGACUAUGGAGCAGUUCAAAGGGGUGAUCCGGAGAUGGAACAGAAAGUGCACAGAGUUAUUAGAGCAUGUGUGGAAAUGAACCAAAACAAUCCAAUCCUGAGUAUUCAUGAUCAAGGCGCUGGAGGAAAUGGUGAGUUAAAGUUACCGUCUGAUAACUACACCAAUAAAUAUAGAAAAAAGGUAUUUUUACCAUACUUUUUUCAGGAAAUGUCCUCAAAGAAAUUGUCGAAGGCAAACAAGGCGGAGCGAUUAUUUACUCCGACAAAUUCCUCCUUGGCGAUCCGACGAUCAGCAUUCGUGAACUUUGGGGAGCCGAAUACCAAGAGAACGAUGCUAUUCUACUGAACAAAGACCGGCAAGAGGAAUUACAGAGGAUUGGAAAGAGAGAGCGAUGCCCGAUUCAAAUUGUCGGAGAGGUCACUGGAGACAACCAAGUGGUGUUGAAGGAUUUUGAAAAUAACGAUCAACAUCCAGUGGACAUAAACUUGCACGAAUUGGCAGAGAGAGAUCCCAAGGUAAGUAAAGAUGGACCUGAUAACAGAAUAAAAAUGAUGAUUCAAAAUUGCUGUAUUUGAUUUUUCAGACCUUCCAUCUUGAUUCCAAGGAAUUCGUCCAUAAGCCUCUGGAAAUUCCGGAAGACUUAUCGGUUUCCAAAGCCUUAGGGCUUGUUCUUCGGCUUCCAUCAGUGAGCUCCAAGAGAUUCUUGACCAACAAAGUCGACCGCUCGGUAACCGGUCUCAUAGCACAGCAACAAUGCGUUGGCCCUCUUCAAUUGCCACUGGCUGAUUGUGGAGUCACUGCAGCAAGUUAUUUCGAUACCGUUGGAAGUGUCGUUGGACUGGGAGAGCAGCCAAUUCGAGGUAAUCAAGACUCGGCUUUGCAUAGAACAUUGUAAAAAAACGCCUCUCCAACAUCUCUCCUUUUAGGUCUUGUUGACCCCGGCGCUGGAGCCCGUUGUUCUGUCGCUGAAUCUUUAACCAACCUUGUCUUCACACCCAUCACUUGCUUGGAGGACGUCAAAUGCUCUGGAAAUUGGAUGUGGCCCGCUCGAUUAGAAGGAGAAGGGCAACGUCUGGUCGCCGCUUGUGACGGAAUGUGCGGUUUUAUGAAAGCAAUUGGCGUCGCAAUUGAUGGAGGAAAGGAUUCGCUGAGUAUGGCGGCGAAGGUUGGACAUGACGUCGUUAAAUCUCCGGGCACCUUGGUCAUCAGCUCAUACGCGCCUUGCACGGACAUCACAAAAGUUGUCGGGCCUGACCUAAAAGUGGCUGGUGAAGGAACUCACUUAAUUUUGGUUCAUAUGAACUCUAAACAACAUAAUCAUCGAAUGGGUGGAAGUGCGUUGGCGCAGACGCUGAAGCAAAUCGGAACGGAAUCCCCAGACAUUGGCGAUCCAAAAUAUUUCAAAAAGUGUUUCAACGCCAUUCAGAACCUUGUUAACGAGAAGCUGAUCUUGGCUGGUCAUGACAUCAGCGAUGGAGGACUAUUGACCACAGUCUUGGAGAUGGCAUUUGCUGGAAACUGCGGGCUUGAGUUGGAUUUCAAUUUUACUUCAAAGAAUUUUAUCGAAGAAUUGUUCAACGAAGAAGUUGGCGUUGUUUUCGAAGUCGACGAACAGAAUCUGGCUGCGGUUUCGGAGCAGCUAAAGAAGUCUGAAAUUUCAUUUGACAACAUCGGAAAAGCUUUACCGGUGUAUGGAUCAGAUGCUCAUGUUACGAUCGCUGUAAAAGGCGAGAAAAUUUUGAAAGAGAAGCUCCAAACGUUAUAUGAGAUCUUCGAGGAAGUCAGCGACAAGAUGGAGUUACUACAGACGAAUCCUAAGUGCGUUGAACAACAAAAAGAAUGGAGAAAACAGAUCAAGAAUCCGGAAUACAAACUGACUUUUGGAUAUGGACAAAAUUUGAGGGAGACCGCAAAAAGUAAGACCACCUACGACAAAGCAAACGGUUCUAAGCUAAUCUUUACCCUUCAACCUCUUUCAGACAAGCCUAAAGUCGCAAUAAUCCGAGAAGAAGGCAGUAACGGCGACCGUGAAAUGGCCGCGGCUUUCAUUAUGGCUGGUUUCGAAGCCGUCGAUGUAACAAUGACGGACCUUCUUCAGCACACAGUCUCAUUGGCACAAUUCAAAGGAAUCGCCUUUGUCGGAGGAUUCUCUUACGCUGAUGUCCUCGGCUCGGCUAAAGGAUGGGCUGCAUCUAUUCAAAUGCACAAGGACUUGGCCAUCGAAUUCGAGGAGUUCAGGAGACGAAAAGACACGUUUUCGUUUGGAGUUUGCAACGGAUGUCAACUAAUGGCAUUGCUGGGAUGGAUUGGAGAUGUGGAGGAGAAUAACGGUAAUUGUAAAAUAUGGCAAUUCAAACAAAAACAAUUUUUUUAGCGGAAACUCAAGUCUUCCUCGAUCGCAACGACUGCGGCCGUUUCCAAUCAUCAUUUUCUCGAGUUCGAAUCGAAAAAUCCAAAGCGAUAAUGCUCAAAGGGAUGGAGGGUUCAGUCCUUGGUGUCUGGAGCUCGCACGGCGAAGGGAAGUUCACCUACCGUACCGCAGAAACCCUAAAAAAACUGGAAUCACAAGGCUUAAUCGGGCUUCGUUACGUGGAUGAAGCCAACAAUACGACCACGAUAUACCCGGCUAAUCCCAAUGGAUCCGAAGCCGGUGUAGCGGGUGUGUGUUCUGCCGAUGGACGACACUUUUCUCUAAUGCCACAUCCAGAUCGCGCUUUCCUCAGCUGGCAAUGGCCAAAUUAUCCGGAUGGAUGGGCAAGGAAGGCGGGAAAUGUGUCGCCGUGGAUUCGGAUCUUCGAAAACGCGUAUGAAUGGGUUCAAAGUCAACAGUAA